AUGUCUGCGAACAAGCAAAAUCCAAUUGUCCCAGGGACAGUCCGAGCCUUGACAAACAAAUGGCAAGCCUUAGGACAAUCCAAUCCACAGCAGGCUAAUCUCUUGAUGCUAGAUGCUCUUCCUGAUCGGAAUUGCAGUCUUGCAGCUCAACCCGCACCGGGGCCAGCUCUUGCAGGCACACCCACCCCUGCGCAACAGGCUCUUCAGCUAUUCAAUGUUCUUCCGGACGGGGACAGUUCCAUUGUUCCUCAAAUCUUCAAUUCAAAUACUGUUGUUCGAGCUCCUCCAAGAUCAACAAGUUUUGCAUUUUCCAGUUUGCCUUCAGAGGUUCGACUCAUGAUUUGGAAGUUACUCGUUCCAGGGCACCAGACCAUCAGAAUCACUGACAACGCGAUGAGACACAACAGAGCGCAUUCCCGUCAGAACCCAGCCGUUCUCUAUGUAAAUUACGAAUCCAGAAAAGAGGCUCUCAAACAGCUGAAGCGUCUUUUCGGCGGCGUCAAUGGCAUUGGUUUUCCUGAACAGUUCAAGUAUUUCAACCCACGUUCAGAUCUUAUUUACUUUGAUGGUGGCGCCACUCGACUCUUUGUAUUCCCACCAACUAUUCUUCCACCAGUUGCGGAUCUCACUAACGAAGCACCGAUGGCACAGGGCGACAAUGUUACUUCCCUUCAAAUUGAUGAAGAUCAGAUGAAUCAAGCAGGGCCCACAGCAUAUUUCCGAAACCUCGAAUGCUUUAGAAUUCAGUACAGCUCUUCUCGCCUCCCCGGGAUCAUGUUCGGACCUCCCUACCCAACAAGCAAUGCAGGUAGCCAAUUAUUUGUACGCGACAUACAUGGGGAGAUGAGGGUGGAUAUAGGGCUUGCACGCGCGUGGUUUCAAACCCGAUUCAAUGCCGGCUUAAUCAGUAGAGUUCCUAGAAUCGAGAUUUUGCUUACACGGGUCGACCAGCGCGCUGUGGAUUCGACGGGCCAAUACGCCUAUUUCCACGCCCAUCCCUUUUGA